UCAACAUAUUUUCCCAUGUUAUUGGGUCACUUCUGUUCUUUGCGAUCCCAGUAUUUGUCUUCAACGUCGAGGUACCCCCGCGAUAUACCGUCGCCACGGUUCCGGACAAGAUAGUCUGCUCUAUUUACUUCAUUGGCGUUGCCAUCUGCUUCGUCUUCUCCGCGACCUUCCACACGUUCCUGUGCCACAGCCACAGGGCUUUCUCACUAGGCAUGAAGCUAGACUUCCAGGGCAUCAUCCUGCUCAUGUGGGGGGCGAACAUACCUCUGAUCUACUACGGCUUCAUCUGCGACGCCAAGCUGCAGAUCGUCUACUGGGCCCUCACCUCGUUCCUGGCCGUCUGUUGUUCCAUCUUCACCUUCCAACCAAGGUUCAGCGAGCCACACCUCCGACCCCUUCGAGCCGCCACGUUCGGCUCGUUGGCCAUGUCGACCUUCAUCCCCGUCGUGCACGGCAUUGCUGCCUACGGAUACCGAGCCCAAAACCGACGGAUGGCUCUGCAAUGGGUGCUGUGUACUCUCGUGUUCAACUCUCUGGGCGCCGCGGCGUAUGCCUUCAAGUUCCCGGAGAAGUGGUUCCCCCGCCGCUUCGAUAUCUUUGGCGCGAGCCACCAGAUCAUGCAUAUCAUGGUCCUUGUCGCGGGUAUCGCGUAUACAUUUGCUGUCCUCGAGUCGUUCGACUUUCUUCACAGUCAUCCGGACGCGUGUCAAUAGGUAGACACGUGGUUGGGCUAAAGACGGGAAAUAAAAGCAAUAAGGGAUAUCUACCUAUAGGUACAUGCAAG